AUGACAGAGCGCAAUUUUCACCAAGUCUGCCGCGAGAUCCGGCUGAUGCGGCAGAUUGACUACGAGGGGGCGGUCAAGCUGGAGGGCACCUUUGAGGACAGCGGUGCGAUAUACCUGGUGCAGGAGAUCUGCGCUAAGGGUGACCUUUUCAAAAAGCUGAUCCGCAGCGGCGGCGUGCUGGAGGAGGCGUAUGUAGCGGCCGAGGUCAUCCUGCCGCUGCUGCUGACGCUGCAGCACCUGCACUCCGCCAGGAUCUUCCACCGCGAUAUCAAGCCCGAGAACAUCUUCUUCAUGAAGGACGGUCACAUGAAGCUGGGGGACUUUGGCCUGGCCAUCGACGCGACCGUGGAGCGCCCCAAGAGCCGCGUCGGCACGGUCAGCGUGGGCGCGGUUGCCAGCCACACGGGCGUGCGCUCGUCCCCCUGCGCCUCCGUGCGGCGCGCCUGCGCGCGGCCGUUGGCAGCAUGA